AUGUUUAAGUUCUAUUUCAAUAAAUUGUUAUCCAGUCUAAAACUAGUAUACUUUUUGGCUUUAGCAAUGACAUGUGUAAUGAAUUUAAAAAAUGCAUCUGCCACUGUUUGUUCGUUAUCGGAAUGUAAAAAUCCAGUAAAAACAGAGGUAUUAGCUAUGUUCUCCCGAUCUAUUGCCAUCGCAUGCCUCUUAUGCAGAAUCACGAUUAUGUACAAAAGUAAGAGCGAUUUUCCAAACUACGUGAAAAAAGUCGAAGACUAUGAAUUAUACUUUCCGGUAAAUAUCUCCCAAAAAAGACAUAUUCGAUUCAUUGCUAUAGCUAUAAUAUCUUCGUACAUCGUCAUCAUAUUGCCUAUAAACGUAUUGAGAAUUUACUUAAUUUACACUAACUUUGGUAAGAUAAACACGAUGUUUUUUUAUACAAUGAUGUACGUACACAAUUGGAGCAUUUGCUCCACAGAAAUACAUUUUGUCGUACGUUGUGUCGGUCUGUACCAAAAAUUCCAAUCGAUCAACGAAGAAAUGGCUACGUUGAGGUUAAAAACCAUAGCCGGAAACAAAUUCCCGGUCGUGUUACGAAAAAGCAAAAGACAUGGUCACGAUAACACAUUAUUUAUCGGUUUGGAAACCCUCGGCGGCGGUUCUCCACUUUCGAUGUCCUCCAAUGGACAUCAACCAGCCGAUCACAUUGAACUACUGAGGAUGAAGCAUCAGUUUGUCCGAGGCACCGUCGUAGAACUCAACGACUUGUACGGUAUACAGUUAGGUCUGUCGAUAGGUCUGUUGUUUAUAAUGACAUUAUUCGACAUUUACGGCGAAGUGUCCGUCGAGUCAAACGUAACCAAAACGCACGUUCUAUUCUACGGAUGGCUGUUACAAUACUCGUUCAGAUUUUGUGUGAUCGUAGUGACGUCGCACGUUACCACUACACAGGCACACCGUCCAAAAAUGAUAAUAACUGAUAUAAAUAACCGUUACGCAGAUAACAGUACAAAAAAAGAGUUAGAACUCUUCUUGUGUCAAUUGUCUAGUCGUCCAGUAGAAUUCACUAUUUGUGAUUUGUUCACACUGAACAUUCGCCUCAUCACUUCUGCUUUUGUUGCUGGUACAACUUAUCUAAUUUUACUAUUACAAUUCCACUGA